ACACACUUGAUUGAUAGAAAUUAAUAAUGGAUAUCUUCUAUGCAUCUCUUCUAUCUCUUUUUGUCCUUGUGGUUUCUUUCUCUAUUCACUUUUUCCUUUACAAGUCCAAACCAACACAAGAUGGAAAAGUACUUCCACCGGGGCGAACCGGGUGGCCUGUAAUCGGAGAAAGUUUCGAGUUUCUCUCGACCGGAUGGAACGGUCAUCCCGAAAAGUUCAUAUUCGACCGCAUGUCGAAGUUUUCGCCAAUCGUGUUUAGAACAUCUCUCAUGCUAGAAGAUGCUGCAGUGUUUUGUGGUGCACAAGGUAACAAGUUCCUGUUCUCAAAUGAAAACAAACUUGUACAAGCAUGGUGGCCUUCAUCCGUAGACAAAAUCUUUCCUUCAUCCGACAAAACUUCGAAAAUAGAAGCCAUUAAAAUGCGAAAAAUGCUUCCGAAUUUCUUCAAACCCGAAGCGCUACACCGUUAUGUCCCCGUUAUGGAUGUCGUUACGCAACAACACUUUGCUACAUGGUGGGAUGGGAAAGAUGAAGUGGUGACCUAUGAGCUCACCAAAAACUUCACUUUCUGGCUUGCAUGCAAAAUCUUUAUUAGCAUUGAUGAUCCUGAACGGGUUCGAUACUUAUCCGGCCCGUUUGAGAGCAUAGCCUUGGGGCUCCUAGCGAUCCCGGUUGAUCUUCCGGGGACACCUUUUCGAAGAGGGAUCAAUGCUGCAAGUUUUAUAAGGAAAGAACUUUUGGCUAUUGUGAAGCAAAGGAAAGUUGAUUUGGCUCAAGGGAAAGCAACACCAACUCAAGAUAUAUUGUCACAUAUGCUUCUUACUAGUGAUGAAGAUGGAAAAUUCAUGGCUGAAUAUGACAUUGCUGACAAGAUCUUAGGGUUGCUGAUCGGCGGUCAUGACACCGCGAGCUCGGCUUGCGCGUUUAUCAUUAAGUAUCUAGCGGAGUUGCCAGAGAUCUAUGAUGGUGUCUACAAAGAACAAAUGGAGGUUGCAAAAUCUAAAGCAGCUGGAGAACUAUUGAACUGGGAAGAUCUAGGGAAGAUGAAGUACUCAUGGAAUGUUGCAUGUGAAGUUCUUAGAUUAGCCCCACCACUCCAAGGUGCUUUUAGAGAAGCCAUUACUGAUUUCAUCUACAAUGGCUAUUCUAUCCCCAAGGGCUGGAAGUUGUAUUGGAGUGCAAACUCAACCCACAAGAACCCUGAGUUCUUCCCCGAACCCACGAAAUUUGACCCGUCAAGAUUUGAAGGUAAGGGACCCGCGCCAUACACGUUUGUGCCAUUCGGAGGAGGACCACGAAUGUGUCCCGGAAAAGAGUAUGCUCGACUAGAAAUACUCGUGUUCAUGCAUCAUCUCGUAACAAAGUUCAAAUGGGAGAAAAUGAUUCCAGAUGAGCAGAUUGUGGUCAACCCGAUGCCUAGCCCGGCCAAGGGUCUGCCUAUUCGUCUUUACCCGCAUAAAGAUUGAAGAUAGUGCAUUUAUAUGGAACAAGGGUUGAUUAGUAGAGUUGCAUAAAUAUAAAAAUGGGAUCUUGAUCUUUAAAGCUUGGAAUGGUUUUGCAUUAUGUAAUUUGUUUAUGGGUUUCUACCCCUAUUUCUGUAUUUCGAUGUGGUUAUUCUUUUUAAUAAAAUAACAAAAA